AUGGAAGAGAGUAAAGACACCAGGGUGAAUACUCAGCCUCACUUGAGGAAUCUAUUAAAUCAAAUUAUGGAGCUUUUAGCGCCAUUGAGAUCAUUAAACGGAUUAAUAUUUUCCCACUGUCUACCUGGUGCUGCAACGCUGGUCACUGGCACCAUCAUUUGUCCCAUAAAUUCCAGAAAGAUUAAGCUUUGUUUGAAAGAAAACACAAAAGCCAAUCCCUUGGUCUUCAUUGAACUUCCCCUUGCCUCAACAGAAUUCACCAGUUCAAUCGACAGCGGUGUUCUCCGCAUAGUCCUGGACCCUGUCCCUGAUUCAGGUAUCACGCAAAGGUGGCUAACGUAUUGCAAUGGACAAAAGGUAGGCUUUGCCAGAAGGUUGAAAGUUGGGCAGGAGGAGAAAUGGGUACUUGAAAUGAUGCAGAUGGUCUCGUCUGGAGCCGGGUUUUUGCCUCAAAACAGUAGUACAGACGCCGGUGGAUUCAAGUACUUGAGAGGCCAGUUUGAGCGAAUAGUUGGUUCAGAUGGUUCAGAGGCUUACCAUUUGGUAGAUCCUGCAUAUUGGUUAGGACAAGACUUGAGUGUUUUCUUUCUUAGUAAGUACUAG